AUGUCGAGUUAUCGAGCCUCAUAUCAGAGAACACCGCUAUUACAAGAUAUUCCCGCACGCCGAAGCAGUCUUUUAUCUAGCAUAUCGUCCUCUUCGCCAAGAGUACUCGCCAUUGUGCUUGGAUCUAAUCCUUCACAACACCAACAACCCCAAGUUAUUUACGAGCAAAUACAGCAUCCUGUUAGUGAUGAUGAACUCAAGUAUAAGAUAUACCCUGAUUAUAUAGAGACAGUUGACGUUAUUCAUCGUCGACCGUGGUAUAAAAGGCCAAGAUGUUGGAUAUUAUGUUGUUUGCUGCUACUGGUUAUACUUGCUAUCAUUCUGCCAGUCCUCUUCCUGGUGAUCAUCCCUUCAAUCUUCCAAAACAUUGUCAAUGGAGCCUCUAUACGAUUCGACGGAGCUGGUAUAGCAAACGCAACUACGAAGUCAUUCGUACUCGCCGCCAAUUUGACGGUGCUAAAUACCGGACCAUUUGACGCUCUUAUAUCGUUUGGAAGCAAUCCAGUACAGAUCUCGUUUAGCGGUCAGAGAAUCUUUGAUGUUAUUCUCCCAGACAUAUCAGCUAAAGGGGGAAGUGGACAAGCGUCCAUCAAGCAGUUAGUGCUCAUCGUAAACGGUACUGCUUUUGCGGCGUUCGCAAAGAGGUUGGUCGCCUCGGAAACAGUUCAGCUAGAUAUUUAUGGUAGAGCUGAUGUGUCUGCUCUGUUUCUCACGUCUCGGGGUGUGGAGGUUAAGAAGACUGCAGUGCUCGAUGGCAUGAACGGACUCCUUGGAGCCAAACUUAUUGACUUUGGACUCCCACCAACCGCAAAUAUCAGCGGAAGCUCAGUAUCCUCCUCUGUGUAUAUUGACAACCAGUCUUCAUUUUGGGUUGAAAUCGGCGUCAUAUAUUACGAACUGUCCUUGGGCAACGCUACAUUUGCAAACGGAAUCGCAAACGACAUUACCAUAACACAAGGAAUCAACAUCAUAAACUCUACUGGUGUCAUUGACUCGUCAGAUGGCGUACCUGCUGUAGAAAAGUUACAGGGACUAGUGAACUCAUAUGUUUCCGGGGACACUAUUACGCUCAGUAUCAAAGACGUGGGAGAUUACAAUACACCUAGCUGGCUUCGGAGUUCUGUAGUGGGGAUAGCCUUCCCUUUCAUACUGCCGCCCACGUCAACAGCAGAUGUUGUCCGUGACGUCUCAUUCGGUAAACAGGCUUCGUUUCAACUUGCAGCAGCAACACCGUACGCGGCCAAGGUCACGAUUCAGCAAAUCUCGUCAGCCAUGAUUUUUCCGCUGGAUGUUAGUUUUCCAUUCAAUACCCUGCAGCUUGGCGCAAAUGUAUCAUAUUCCGGUUCUCCUGUGGGGGUGCUGUCUACUGGAGUCUUGCCUGCUACUGGAAGUGUCCAGAGUCAUUUAAUUCAAUCCAGUAUUCUUGGAGUUUUAGCGGUGGACUCUGCAGGACAGACGGUCUUCCAAUCAUUCCUGACAGAUCUUGUCUCUGCACCAUCAUCAUCUACAGUGUCGAUAUCCAUUCAGGGAACAGCUGGUGUAGGCAUGGUGUCGUCUGUUGGGAACUUGGGGCUAUCAGGUCUAGCGUUCAAAACGUCGUGGAGUCUCAACGGAUUUGGAGGAUUUGAGGGUUCUGGUAUUGCAGGACAAGCAACAAUCACUGGAAUUAGUACAAUUGGAUUUCGAAUCACCGUUCCAUUCAAUGUGGUAAAUCCUGCCACGACAACAUUGAGCGUUGGUGAUUUGACGUUUGAUGUAUACGAUAUAAACGCCAUCCUUAUUGGAACUGCUACGAUUUCAGGAGCUUCCCUGACUCCAGGGAAUAAUUAUGUAACUGCAUCUGUUAUUCUUCUGCCGCCACCUGUUUCCGUGUCUCUGAUACAGAAUUUUAUAACCAAUAUACCGACCGCUUUGAUGGCGAAAGGACGCCAUGGAAGCACUGCCAUUGCAAGUCUAGACGCCGCUAUUUCAACUCUUUCAUUCCCUACCGUGCUGCAAGCACCCGGACUCUCUCCCAUUCUAACUAGCGCCAAGCUAGGAGUGGUGCAACUGCUCCCAACAAUUAUAUCCGUCUCCGUCAUUGUCGACAAUCCAUUUAGUUUUGAUCUGAAUGUUAUCAACCUCGAAUCAAAUAUCACAUCUAAAGACCAUAAUCUGGGGUACUUAUCCAGCUCUCAACACUGGACAAUACCGGGAGGUUCAAAGGGGUUUCAAUCACCAGCCUUCAUCUUGAAUCAAGACCUUUUGCAAAGCGCAACUGCCGCAAUCAUCACUCUCGUGAGUGGUUUCCACCUGAACGCAACCACAGUUUCUCACAUCACCGUUGUCAUUGGAACCUUUGAUCCAUUUGUGUUGGCUAUCUCAGAGACCAUCAUCGCCAGCCUCGAAUUAUAA